UGUGUGCGGAAAAUUGAAAAAUGUCGAGCGAGGAAAAGAAAAAAAGAGGCAAAAAUUUUACGGCAGAGGAGGAACAAGUUCUCAUGGAGCUGCUGGAAGAAAGAAAGAAUAUCCUGGAGAAUAAAAAGUCCGACGCAGCUACCUGGAAACAGAAAGAGCAGGCCUGGGAAGAAAUGGCAGACACCUUUUACACCAGAACAGGCAUUCGGCGCGAAUGGAAGGCACUAAGAGACAAGUUUAUAAACAUGAAAAGGAGGUCCAAGGUUGAACUGGGUGAGGACAAGACCCACAGUUUUCGCAUGGGAACAGGAAAGUUUAUUGCCCUGAUGGGGGAGUCAACAGCAGGCUUAAGCAACCAAUUCGACAGCGAUGCCUCCAAUGUGCCCAAUGACAUGAACUUCGAGGGGGAAGAUGACAUGUUUGCAAGUUCCACAGAUGCGCACGAUGUCGCCAAUAUUUCUGCACACAAGGAAGUCAUGGCAAGCACAAGUGUCGACUGGCCCAGUUGGAACCCAAGAACCCUGCGCAGCUUGGAUGAGGAAAAGAUUAAAUUGGUGUUGCUUCAGCAAGACUUUUAUAAAGGCGAAAAUUUGCGAGCGCAAGAAAAACAUGAUCACGAAAUGCUUAAAGAGAAAAUUAAGCUGGAUCAGGAAGUACAAGAGGGAAAACUGCGAAUUGAAAUGAUGGAAUUGGAAAUCCUGGAGAAACGAGCUAGACUAGAUUUAAAAUAGGAGGCAUUUCAUCUCGUUUGUUGCGCUAUAAAAAAUGAUUUGAUUAUCAAUCUUUAAGUAAUAAAGAAAACAAAACAGCUUCGGAGUGCCGGAGACCUAGUACCCUUGCAGAUAUACAUAUAAACAGAGCUGUCGGAAUCUGCUUUUAUAUUACAGAGCUCCAUAUUUUUGUAUUAUUUGUUUUCUUAAAUCAACCUGUUAUUUUUUAUUACAACGAUUUGUUUUAGUAACGCGUUUUGGCCGGAUCCAAUAUAAAAAUGUACAUAUUUUUAAGACUCGCAGACGAAAAUGAGCGCAAACUGACUUGACUAUAUCCACUCAGCUGGUCGUCGUAAUUAAAAAUAGUUUAUGGGCUCAAACUAUUAGCCCUUAUUGGGCUAUGCAUACAUUUCGUCAAAUGCAAGGGUAUAAUAACUAGGCCGAAUUAUGUUUAUGGAUAAGCUAAAUAAAUUUCGAAAUAAGUUAGUAUUAACCAUGUCUAUCACCUGAGUCAUUAUUUUGUGUGUUAUAGUGGGAAUCCCCUAAUAUAUUAGGCCCACCUGAUGGUACUUUUCACCCAAAGAACUCGAAGCUGGUUAUCUGAUCCCAAUACUUCUUUUUAAAGAAGCGAGUUGUGGAAGUUCACCUGCAAACAUUGUAUGACUAGCUCUGGAGCUAAUAAGUUAAGCUAAGCUCUCAGUAAUGUAAUGCUCGGCAUAUUUAUUUUGCCAAACACUAGUUUUGACUAUCGGCUUUUGGUAAAUUCGUCUGCAUGGAUAAUGGUA